GUGUCUACUACAUGACGGGAAACAUCAACACGAUCUCCCUUUUUCUAACACGUAGACCACCAUGAUCAUAUUCCGGCCUUGAACCAGAACCCUCCUUUUCCACGUCGAUAGCCAGACUCCUCUGAAGGUGGGCUUCGGGGCAUAGGGCACCCAUGGGCUCUCUGCUCUCAGAGUUCCUAGUUCAGUUGUGUCAGCUGCCUGGUCGAAAGCCGUCUUGUCCGCGACUGCCGUCGCCCUCCUUCAUCCCAGGACUUGGAUGAGUCGCCUUGAGCAACUCGCCUUGCGUCUCCAACCACCUGCUGUUGUGAUUACAUCCCGUUCCACUGCAUGUGAUCGGGACUCGCUAUCGCAUUCUCAGCACCUCCAGCACAUCGCAACCACCGACCAAAACAGCUAGACUCGAUUGGCGAUCUACAACUACCAUCGACGAGACCACAUAUCAACACCUGUCGUCUCCAAACCGCAGUCACCGUUGCCAGCAUGUCAGACAACCUUUGUGGGCCCUCCGUCCCGACCAAGGGCCUGCUUGGCCAUCUCGACCGUGAUCGCUCCCUUCAGCAGGACCGCGUCGCGGGCUCUCCUGCCUCCGCCGCCGGCUCUUUUCGAACAAGUACCCAGGGCAUUUCCAACACAGCCGCUGGGGAUGCCUCUUUUGCCAAGUUCACCGGCGCCUCGCCUCAGCUUCGUCCUCAGGCCAGUGCAGACUCCCCUGCUCUGGUCAAACCACAAGGCAACCCCAAUCAUAACCCUUUUCUUUGGAUGCAGUACCAACAUCGCUAUCGCGGCCGCGUAGACAUCCCCUUGGAAGGCAGGGACCAGAUCGAUCUUGAGAACCAUGUCAACCCCCCUAUUCCUGCACGUCGUGGCGGAAUCGAGCACCAGCGCCCAAGUGCAGCUCUGCAGGCCGCCAAUACUUCCUGGGUCGAUGACUUCAGGCGUGCGCAAGAGGAGACGUCCCUGAGCCAAGGGAUGGGCGCGUUGCGCUUGAACUCCAUGCAGGCAAUGCCCAUCGCCGCUCCUUACGGCCAACCCGCAUUUGCAGCACCUGGUAGCUACCACUACCCAGUCGGUCAGCCAAUGAUGCAAGGAAAUGUCGCUUCUCCGUAUGCCCCUCCUCAUAUGAUGCCCGCCCAUGCUCCUCCAGGCUUCUUGCCGGCUUUCGCGCAAGGGGGCCAACAGCUUCCUGAGGAUCAGCCAGCUCAAGAAGCCCAGGUUGCUCCACAUGGUUAUUCUGCCACAGGCACAGCCCAGGCCGGCGGGAAUGGUCUGCCAUUCAGCCACUACCCCCAGAACCUAGCCUUGGCCGCCAACACAGAGGAAGCCCUCGGCGCGGCAUUCGCGGCCUACGACCGGGAAUUCGAGCAGGAAAUGGAUCAGUGGGUGGCCACUCAUGGGCCCGAGGAUCGCGAGGAUCACGAGGCAGUCAUGACCGAACACGCCGAGAAACUGGAUGCUAAGCGCAGGGAGAAUGACCCAGCCGUCAUGUCGCAGCUGGAUCCCAAGAACCGUUUCAACCAAAAGAGGCGGGAGGAUAUGGAACUUCAGUCGUAUGCGGCACGCAUCUUGAACACCAUGGUAUCAAGCGACAAUGAGAAGUUCCGCGGCUCUUCCUUCACCGACCUGAUGCGCCGCAUCGUCAAUCGCGAGGUCGUGGUUGAGGGUGACGAUCUCAUCGAUGUUGCCACAGGCAACCCUACCGACCUGACCCCUCGAGACCUAAAGCCUGUCAUCCAGGUGCCCGACGUGCCCCCGACAUUCAUACCCCCCUCGGACGCAGAACUCAGGUCGAGGCAGGAGGCAGAUCCCAAGGGGAAGGGGCCAGCCGUGGCGGAGAACCCGGGAACUGCCUGAAGGGGGCCAGACGUCCAGACGGAAGUGGUGAGGGCUGACGUUUGGAACCUGUCGCCCGUUUGGAAACCAUCCAAGUUGUCCAUGUCUCCUACAGGGGCAGGAGACCAAGCAGAAGACGAACCGGACCACUGGGGCUCUCGUACCACCUUUCUCGCGUCCCCAUGCACCGGAUACCAUGGAAUCCAAGUCCCCGCCGCCAGCAGCGAGUCACAGGGCAUUACUGAUCCAGAGCCGCACGUUGUCGACGGAAGGGCUGAGGAAAUGCGAGACCUUGCAGAACUCGCAAUUGGCGAGCUGAAGCAAUUUACACCUUUGACGUCACCUUUGCCGCCAUCGUCACCGAUGCGGGUGGCGUCGCCACAUGAGGCCGGCGGCAAGAUCCCGCGAUGAUUGUUGAUUUUGAACUGCUUCUUGUUUUGUCCAGUUCUCCCAUCUGUCUGUGCACCCCCUCCGUACAUCUUCAAAACUGUUCCGAGCUCCUCCGUCAAUUGAUUGCAUGAGCACCACCAGGCCGAGUUGCCGGCCCCGAACCCCAGGAGGCAUUGCCACUUGUUCAUAUUCUUGUUUCUUUGUUUUGCAUCUUGCGAUUUCCUUGGACUGAUAGCACCAUCACCGGCGGCGUUGGAAAACAGGAUGGUUCACAUAUGUUGGCUGCGUCAUGGGGCCGAGCACAAGAGCUACGAUGUUGGAUAUCGAGGCUCUUCCUGCCGUGAAUGUAGAUUACAAGAUGUCUGUGAGUUUCUUCAGGGUGGCUGGAGCAGGUGGCUCACGAAAUCAAGUUACGGAGCCCUUUGGUAGCGUAGGGGUUGACGAUUGUCUUCCUCAUCGCAUAUUAGUGGCCACUGCGCGCAACUGUACAGUACUGCAGACAAGCAAUUGACUGCCCAGCCUUCGCAUGACGUAUCUCUUUAG